AUGUGUUUCGGAAGCGGCAACAAGGAGGACCCGGAUGCGAAGAAGAGCAAGGAGAUUGAGAAGCAGCUGCGGGAAGAUCAGAAGAGAUUGGCCAAGGAGGUCAAGCUGCUCCUGCUAGGUGCGGGAGAGUCUGGGAAGUCGACAGUCCUGAAGCAGAUGCGAUUGAUCCAUACGAAGGGUUUCUCGACUCAAGAACGGAAGCAAUGGAAGGUCACUAUCUUUCAGAACUUGCUGCAUGCCUUUCAAGUUGUGUUCGGCGCAAUGGAAGAGCAAGAGGUGGACUUUGCGGAAGAGGGUAACAUCCGAUUCGCGGAGAUUGUUGCGUCGGAUCCUGAUAUCGGCGCCGAUGAUCCAAUGCCGCUUGAUUGUCUUAACGCGUUCAAGAGCCUAUGGCGAGACGAAGGUGUUCAGCUGGCGAUAAAGAAGGGCAAUGAAUACGCCCUCCAUGACAACCUCACAUAUUACUUCGCGGACAUUGACCGAUUGUUUGCCAAAGAUUACCUCCCCACCGACCAAGAUAUCCUUCGCGCACGAUUAAGAACCACUGGCAUCAGCGAGACUAUUUUCGAGACCGGCAACCUCACCUACCGCAUGUUCGAUGUCGGUGGCCAGAGGUCAGAGCGAAAGAAGUGGAUCCACGUUUUUGAUAACGUGCAGGUGGUACUGUUCUUGGUAGCCAUCAGCGGCUAUGAUCACGUCUUAGUCGAGGAUCGCAAUGGCAACCAAAUGCACGAAGCGCUCAUGCUCUUCGAGAGCAUAGCAAACAGCAAGUACUUCGAGAAGUCCGCCCUUAUCCUCUUUUUGAACAAGAUCGAUCUGUUCCGCGACAAGAUUCAGUCAGGAGCUGCCCCCAUUCGAGAACACUUCCCCGACUAUACUGGCGGCGACAGAGACGUUGAAGCUGGACAGGAAUUCUUUGCACGAAAGUUCAGGAAUCUCGUGAGAGAUCCCGAGAAGGAUGCCUAUGUCCACUUCACCAACGCGACCGACACCAAUCUCCUCGACAAGACUAUGAAGAGCGUGCAGGACAUGAUUGUGCAGCGGAACUUGCACAAUCUGAUGCUGUGA